UACAGUAGUGCAAAUAAUUUGCCGGCUUGCUAAUUCAGUUCAAUCGUGAAAUUUUCAACUGAAAAAUGACCGCAUCUGAAGUCCCACCACAACCCGAUAGCGUGCGUCAAUUGAAAUUGGCGGGUCACGUUGGUUUCGACAGCCUCCCGGACCAGUUGGUGAACAAGAGUGUUCAGAAUGGCUUCGCUUUCAACAUUUUGUGCAUCGGAGAAACGGGCUUGGGCAAGUCUACGUUGAUGGAUUCGCUGUUCAACACGAGUUUCGAGUCGCAUCCGAGUCCCCAUUCCCUGCCGAAUGUCAAGUUGAAGUCCCAAACUUACGAAUUGCAGGAGAGUAGUGUCAGAUUGAAGCUCACAAUUUGCGACACUGUCGGUUAUGGCGACCAAAUCAACAAGGAUGACUCGUUCAAGGCCCUCGUCGACUACAUCGAUCAGCAAUUUGAGUGUUUCUUGCAAGAAGAGUUGAAAAUCAAGCGUUCACUCACGUCGUUCCACGAUAGUCGCAUCCACGUUUGCUUGUACUUCAUUUGUCCCACGGGACACGGUCUCAAGUCGCUCGAUCUCGUGUGCAUGAAGAAGCUGGACAAAAAAGUCAACAUCAUCCCCAUCAUUGCCAAAGCCGACACCAUCUCGAAAGCCGAGCUGCAAAAGUUCAAGGCCAAAAUUAUGGAAGAAAUCAAAAAUAACGGCGUCGAAAUCUACCAAUUCCCCACUGACGACGAGUCUGUUACGGAAAUUAACAGCCAGAUGAACACCCAUGUCCCGUUCGCGGUCGUUGGCAGCACCGAGAUGGUCCGUUGCGGCAACAAAAACGUUCGUGCACGCCAAUAUCCCUGGGGCAUCGUGCAAGUGGAGAACGAAAAUCACUGCGACUUUGUCAAGUUGCGCGAAAUGUUGAUUCGCACGAACAUGGAGGACAUGCGUGAAAAAACGCAUACGCGUCACUACGAGCUGUACCGCCAAAUGCGCUUGGAACAAAUGGGCUUCACGGAUGUCGAUGGCGAAAAUAAGCCGGUUUCGUUCCAGCAAACCUUCGAGGCGAAACGUUCGACGCAUUUGGCCGAGUUGCAGGCAAAAGAAGACGAGGUACGUCAAAUGUUCGUUGUGCGUGUCAAAGAGAAGGAAGCAGAGCUGAAAGACGCCGAGAAGGAUUUGCACGCUAAAUUUGACAAGCUCAAGAAGGAUCAUGCCGAAGAGAAACGCAAACUCGAGGAGGCACGCAAGAAGCUCGAAGACGAAUUUGUCGAAUUCAAUCGUCGCAAGACCCAAAUGGCCACUCAUCACACCCUCACGCUCGGCAAGAGCAAGAAAAAAUGAGGGUCAAUUGACUUCCUGAAAGAUCUUUUAUGAAAAUCUCGACAAAGUAACACGGAAGAGCAGCAGCAAAGUAGUCAGCAACCACAACAGCAACAACAACAAAAAACCAUCUUUGCCGCUUAUUAUCACAAAAUUGCAAAUAUUUGGUAUAAUUAUUUCAGAAUUAGAACGCAAAUCUUGUCGACCACUCGUCGAUAUCAGAAAUAAUUCGUUUCCGUCCCAGACUCUCGUCUGGAAUUCUUUACUUUUGGAAUUGAGAUCUUUUUAGGAAAUUACUCUGAUGAUCAAAAUUUAGACUAUAACAAGCAAAAAAAAAAGCACAAAGAAUUUUUUAGUAUUUUAAAAUAUUACAAGUUUAGAAAUCAGUUAUGUACUAUUUAAAAAUUUUAAAAAUGGAAAAAAUUAUCCCGCUUUUCCGUGUCUUCGAUGUAUCUCAUUUUCACAUGUUGCGAUUUUUCACGAAUUUUUUUUUUAACAUUUAUUUUUUUACAAGUAUUUAUCGAUAUCAUUUAUAUCACAAGACCCCCCUCUAUAUAUAUUAUAUAAAUAUUAUAUUAAAUUUAAGAUAUAAAUACUUAAAAGUUGAAAAUAUUUCGAAUCAAACGAUGCAAUAGUAGUUGCAAAUUUUUAUGAAUUUUUUUUUUCACAAAGACUCACAAAUCGUAGUGCAGCUACAGAAUGCCAAGAGAUUCCAAAGCAAAAAUAUUCCUAUGUAUUAAUAUUAUAAUUAAUUAUUAUUCUAUGUCGUCGAAAAUAAAUACAAUUA